AUGGUGUCUCUUACUGAUGUGCGCAAAUCGAAUGCGCAGAUCCCCACCGCUCUACCGAAGCAACUCGUCGCAGUGUUCGCAGGCGCAACAAGCGGUAUUGGCGAAUCAACACUCAAAACCUUUGUGAGCUAUGCAGUUGAACCACGCAUAUACCUGUUUGCGCGAACCCCUGCCUCGGCGGAGCGCGUCAUAGCCGAAUGUCGUCAACUGAAUCCUCAGGGGGAGUACAUAUUCGUCAAGGUGGACCUGGGCCUGAUCAAAGAGACGGAUCGAGCAUGUGAAGAAGUACAGAAUAAGGAAAAACUGGUGAACUUGGUGGUGCUGAGCGCCGGGGAGUUGAGCUUCGAUCGAAAGCUUACAUCUGAGGGCCUCAACCACUUCCUCGCAGCGUCGACUUAUACACGAGUGCGUAUUGUUCAGCAGCUCCUUCCCCUCCUCAUCAUCGCGUCCCAAACGACAUCCCUAGCACGUGUGCUCGACGUCGCAGGCGGCACCAAAGAAGGUGAGGUCAACCUUUCCGACCUCGGAGCCCUGAACAUGCCUUUGACGAGCUUACGACCUCAUUUGACAAGCAUGCACACACUGGCCUUGGAAGUCCUGGCGCAGCAGGCGUCGACAGUAAGCUUCGUUCAUGAUUUCCCAGGCGCUGUUCACAGCUCGUUGCACAAAAACGUAUCGGGGUGGGGAGGCUUGUUUUUUUUUAUAGUGAUGGAAACGGCGUAUUGGCUCCUGGGAAGGUUGUUUUAUGUCCCAAUCGAAGAGUGUGGAGAGAGGCAUGUGUUUUUCGCGACGAGUGAGCAGUACAAGCCGAAAGACGGGCGCGCGAAUGGUGUGUCGCUUACCGAGGGGAUGAUAAGUGGCACUGGAAGUGAUGGGCAAUCAGGAAGUGGUGUGUACUCUAUCGAUUGGGAUGGAGAGGGGCCUAGUAAAGGAGCGGAAAUUGCGUUGAGAGAGAUGAGGAGGAACGGCACACGAGAGGUCAUCUGGAGACAUUUUGAGGAACAAUUCGAGAGGGCAAGUCAGAGGGCUACAUCUUGA